AUGACGAUAAUUGAGUCGCAAGAUGACGACGGUGCUAGCCCUGUUGUUCUUCUUGAUGACAGCGUCGUGGAGCAGGCAGAGAAUGAAGAGCCAAGCACUGGCAGCGUUAAUACUCCUGACGAAUCUGUAGCAGUAAAUAAUUUCGCGAUAGCUGCCCCUGAACCCGCGAAGUCGGCGCUUGCAUCAGCCUUCCGCCUACUAGAUCAGUACUUUGAAGCGGACAUGCUGACACUUGACCAGCUUCAGUUUCACAAAGAUAAGUACGCCAAGCUGCAUGCGUGUGUAUUGACUACUUACAAGCACGAAAGGCAGCUGCUGAAAGAAGCCAAGGCGCUUAAUCGCGACCUUCUUGGCGAGAAAAUUCAGGUAGAGAAGCAGGCUAUUCGAAAGGCUGAAGAAGUGGCAGCCUUAACUUUACUAGAACGUAAGAAAGAUGAUGCGCUGAGGGAAUUAGCUGAAGCAGUGGACCAAGAUGCAGUUUUAUCGUUCGAAACAACAGAGCUGCAGCGUGAAUAUGCUGAUUUGGUGGCGGAAAAGGAAGCUAUUUCAGCUGCUCAUGUGCAGCUUAUUGAGCCUGAAGUGAAACAGCUUAAUGCCGAGAUUACAGAGCUAACUGACGAGACUAAUCGCUUGGAAAAGGAGCUAGCGAAAGAUAUGCAGCGCAAGCAAGAAUACUUAGCGCGGUUAGACUUUUUACAUCAAGAAAACACACGGCUUAAGCAUACCGGCACAGCUGAAUUAAAGCGUUUUAAUCAGCUUAAAGGAUAUCCGGAUCGCUUGCAAAAGCAAGCCGAUAUUGUGGCACGUGCGAUUGCAGGAUUGGAAAGAGAAAUGCAUAAGGACAAGGUGCGCGCUGGUGAGCUGCAAGAAAUUGUGGACGCGACCGCUGCCAAAUUGCGCGAUGUCGAUGAAUCUAAUCGAGAACUUGCAGAGAAAUUAGAUGUGCAUCGAGAAACGGUUGAUCAGCGUCAGCGAGAUGUCGAUCAUGUCACGCUGCAUCUUCAUGAGGAGCAUAAUGUCAACAUUAUGCGGCUUGGUGAGAAGACUCGUCUUGAUAUACGUGCGAAAGCGCUGGAGGUUGCUAUGCGCCGCGAGAACGAACGGUCUGGUAUGGCGCAAAAGGCAUACGAUCGCUUAAAGCGCGAGCUUAAGAAACGAUUACUCAUGCUUGACGACAUGAAGUUAUUACUUCCGAAUUCGCAAGCUCAAGUGGUUGAAGUACAGCAUCAAGUAGAAGCGCUGCAGUCAGAAAACAAACAUCGAGCGCAGCAUCAAGUGGAUGUAAAGCAGCAGGUGGAUUUACUAAUUGCACGUUUCUUGAAGCAGGAGGAUGGCGAAAAGUUGCAAUGUGCAGAAGUUGAUGCUCUAUCAGCUCAAGUGAAUGAACUUGAAGCAGAGGUUGCCCAGUGGUUAGUGGAGGAAACAAAGCAGAAAAAGUUGUUGACGUUGCUUACUGCACAACGCGAGCUUAAAGCUCGUGAAGCCACGACAGCCUUGAUCGCAGAGCGUCAAAUUCAGCAAGAGCUUAAAACGAAGGAGCUUGUGAUUUUUGAUCUGGCAAAAAAGUGGAACGAAACGACAAACCAUUUGCGUGAGUUCUCAGCACUGUACGACGUCGUCAAGAAUGAACGCAAUAAGUACGUGAACCUCAUUCAGGCUUCAACCCAAGCAUUAGCUGAGAUGAAAGAGAAGAUAAAAAUUUUGAAUAACGAAGUGGAGGUACUUCGUAAUGAGACUACGACGAAGGACAAGGCGCUCGUGAAAGAACAAUUAGCGCAUUCGGCAGCACAUUGCUCUCGUGACUCGCUCCGACUUGACACUAACAAGGCACACGAUGUGUACCGGAUGAAGCAGGAAGUAGUCGAGCAACAAAUUGUUGAGAUUGACAAGCUCAAUGGCAUUAUUACGCGCACUGAAAAGGAUUUGCUACGGAUGAAGAAAAAAUUCGAGCUGGCAGUGGAUGCACGAAAUGCCACUGGUGUGCAGCUAAUCGAUCGCAACGACGAGCUGUGUAUCCUUUAUGAGAAGUCGAAUAUGCAAGAGCUUGCUAUUAGUAAGGGCGAAGCCGGACUUGCACGCAAAGACCAAGAAAUCCGAGCUAUUAAGAUUCAGCUUGCUCAUCUUCAACGACAGCUUGAGAAUGCGAGAAGACAAUUGCCGCACCUUCCCGAGCUCGCGCAUCGUAUUCUUGCUAUGCAAGAAAACUUGAAGCACGAGAAGGACGUAACGGAAUCACUAUGCCGUGAUCUGGAAAUGCCGGUGAAUAGUGAUCGAUGGCGCGCUCUGUACGGAGAUGAUCCGGAUGAGGAGCAGCUAGUGGUGAAACUUACGCUUUUGGAGGAACGAUUGCAUCAGAAGAAAGAGCAACUUCUCGAAAAGGAGUUGGUCCUGGAAGAAGUGACGGGUCUUUCCAAUAGUCUUCGAGCACAAGCUGCUACUCGUCGUGGUGAGACUUUAGAACUUGCCAAACGAGUUAAUGACUUUCAGGGUCGAAUCAAGGAGACAACGCGUCGCAUGAUGGCUGUUGUAUCUGAGUUGUCGAUGUAUCAAGCCACAGCGAUAAAAUUACAGCAAGAGAUGCACGAAGCAUCCGUAGAUGUUGAUGAAUGUCGAAAGCGCAAAUUAGCUGGGUAUGCACCUAAUGCCUAUUGCGAGCAGCAGCUUGUGCGAUUGCAAACACAAAGACUCAACAGUAAUGAAAAUCGGGUGACAAAAGAACUGGCAAAGGCUGCUGCUGCGAAGGUCGCUAACAAUUUAUCACAGCUGAUGUUUACAACUGCUGAGGCUCGGCCAAAUGCUUACAUUCCAGAAGACUUAGGAAUUCCGAAGCCGUACGGUCAACAGGCACCAUUCAAGCCUUCACAGCAGGGAACAACAAUGCGCCACAUUCGAAUGCCACAAAUACGGGAUAUUGAAAUAUAA